CCAAUAUUUUUUUUUUCUGUGGGCUUUGUGUUUGAUACACCCCGGGUUCUUUUUUUUCUUUUUUUUUUUCGCACUGUCAUGAAACUCAAAGAAUUGGAGAGUAUUCUUCAAGACUGUGCGGUAUUUUCCGACCCAAAGAUUCAAUAUGAACAAUACCCUACAACGGCUCAUUUAGCGGCACGCAUGUUAUAUACAGCAGAUACCGUGUAUGGCGAUAUUGAAGACAAAGCAGUGGGAGAUUUUGGCAGUGGAUGCGGCAUUCUCAGUAUUGCCGCUGGCAUCUUGGGCGCAGGGUACAAUGUCGGUUUUGAUAUCGAUCCCGAUGCGAUUGCAAUAGCCCAAGAGAACUGUGAAGAAUUUGAGUUGGAUAUCGAUUUUGUGUUGGCCGAUCUUAGUCAAUAUGUGCCUGAACGAUUUCGCGGCAAUCUGGAUACCAUUGUAAUGAAUCCACCUUUUGGUACCAAGACCAAAGGCAUUGAUAUGGUACUUUUGAAAAAGGCUAUUGAGAUUGCAAAAGUAGCUGUUUAUUCAUUGCACAAGACAUCGACUCGCGAGCAUAUCAUGAAAAAGGCAAAGGAAUGGGGAGUGACGUGUGAAGUGAUUGCCGAGUUAAAAUUUGAUGUACCAAUGAUGUACAAAUUCCACAAGAAAAAGUCAGUUGAUAUUGCCGUCGAUUUUCUACGCUUUGAAAAGAAGCAAUAAAAAGUAAUAAAAAAAAAGAGUAAAAAAGGACACUUGUUGGCUGACCCGCAGCAUGAUCACCUGCAAUGUCACAUGCACAUCUCUUUAGUCCUGCGCCAGCUUUUUUUUUUUUUUUCUUAUUU